UCUUGUUAAAGCAUAUUCCAACUUCACCGUCCCGCCAUGUAUGAUUUGUAUCAAUCGGCAAAUCCAGUACGUACGCGGCUCAUGCUCACGGUGGGAUGCAUAUGAAUUCAUAGUCUCCUAUGUCCUGAGCAUUGACAGCAUCCAUCCCAACACAAGCUGGAGCAUACUCGGUCUUGAACAUCUCGAUCUCCUCCCAGCCCUGAUUGAUAACUUGACUUCAUAAACUGCCUUGACUGCUCUGUCAACCCUAGUCGCUAGCAGGCAAAGAUGCUUCUCCCAAUCCUCAUCUACUCCAUCCCCGCCAUCCUGGUCUACGUUCUCAUUAGGAACUACCUUCUUCUUCCCAACACCAUUCCUGGCCCCUUCCUUGCUCGCUUCACCAACCUCUAUCGACUCUUGCUGGUCUCCCUUCGCUCCCCACACGAGCAUCAUCUCCGUCUUCAUCGUCAAUUCGGCCCCGUCGUGCGACUAGGCCCCAACAACGUCUCCGUCUCUGGCUCGUCCAAGUACGUCACUCAGAUCUAUGGCAUUGGCAAGGGUUUCGUCAAGUCAGACUUUUACUCGUGUUUUCAAAAUGUCGUGAAUGGAAGACGUGCGGCCAGCCUUGUCGCCAUGACUGACGAGACUGAACAUGCCAAGUCCAAACGUCUCAUUGCCCAUGCAUAUAGCCUGAGUAUAUUGGUUGAGUACGAAGAGCUCGUCGAUCGCACCAUUCAAGUAUUUCUCGCCACUCUCCAAGAGAGAUUCUGCCUGCCAGAGCCAGCUUCUCCCACCUCCUCAACCUGUACUCGUCUGAGCUCACCCACUCUCGAUCUCUGCCAAUAUCUACAAUUCUUUGCCUUUGAUGUCAUUGGCGAGCUCACCUUCUCUCACCGUCUCGGCUUUAUUGAAUCCGGCACCGAUGUCGACGGCAUCAUGGCAGCAAUCGGUGCUAAUUUCGAAUACUUUUCUGUUCUCGGACAGAUGCCCUGGUUGGAUGAGGCAAUCUUGGGUAAAAACCCUAUCUAUGUCAGAUACUUUCGCAAUCCUGUGAGCUCGCCCAUCCUCCGUUUUGCUCAGAGAUUGUUGCGUCAAAGGCUGGCCGAGGUAGACAGCGAGAAAUCCGACGGAACUCCCAAAACUUCCAAGAGUGACACUCAAGUCAGCAAUCUCAGCUCGAGCGUGUCUCUCAAUCGUCCAGACUUCCUCUCCCGUUUUCUCAAGAUUCAACAUGAGCAGUCUAUUCCCUCAUCCGCCAAUCCCUCCUCUGACGACAAUUCGGAAGCCCUUAUGUCCGACUCUACCAUCCUCUCUAACCUUUUCAUGAACAUCAACGCAGGCAGCGAUACCAUUGCCAGCACCCUACGUGCCAUCUUCUAUCAUCUUCUCAAGAACCCCAGUUCACUCGAGGCCCUCCGUGCCGAACUCGAUGCGGCUGCAGAUGCCAGCACCAUCACCACACCCUGCCCGACGUGGGCCCAGACCCAGAACCACCUACCCUACCUAUGCGCGACAGUCAAGGAGGGACUAAGACUGAACCCCGCCUUGAGUCUGCCUUUGGAGAGAGUCGUUCCUUCGGGGGGUCUGACCCUCGUCCAUGACGAAGAAGACAUGGAUACAUCCCCACAAGUCCCUCCGACGGCUACCUCCACACCACAAGCACCACCUCCCACAAAGUAUCAAUCAACCUAUCUCCCGCCUGGGACAAUUGUCGGCAUCAAUCCUUGGGUCCAUCACCGUCACACCACUCGCACGUUUGGUCAUGACGCCGACACGUGGAACCCCAACCGUUGGCUCACCAAUGAAGAAAAGUCUACCAAGAAGAUGGAACACGCCAUGUUGGCCUUUGGAGCCGGCAAGAGGAGUUGUCUUGGCAAAAAUAUCGCUUUACUGGAGCUACACAAGGUCGUUGCCGCUCUAGUACUUCGCUUCGACAUAGAGUUGGUCAGCCAGGAUAAGGACUGGACAGUCAGAAACGCAUGGGCUCUCAGCCAAACAGGCAUAGAUGUUCGAAUUCGGAGGAGGCAAUAA